AUGGAAAUUCACCUUUCGCGCCGCGGGUGGGCGUGGCCCGGGCCGCCGCGCACGUGGGUGGAGUGGCGUGGGGGAGGGGAGGGGGUGGAGGAGCGAGCUGACUCUGAGGUUCUCAGAAAAACCGUUCUGAAAAGUUGUUGUAUUUAUUGUUUGGCUAUUUUUCUGAGUCCAGUUCUAACCUUUUUUGGCACCAAAGAAUUAAUAUUUAAAGGUUUUCUAGAACUGGAUGACGUUUUGACCAAUGUGUAUUCUGCUGUAGCGUCUGUGAUUGCUCUUCAUGUUGUGUUCGGAAUGUUCAUUUACAAAGCAUAUUCAUACCCUGCACCCCCUCAGAAGCCCAGAAAAGACGAUUGAAACUGAUAGUCUGAUAGUUCGGUAUAUUAAACAACAAUCGAUGUUUUUCUCUAUUCAAAUGAAUACAAUUUAGUGAUUACCAAAUACCGAAUUUUGUGGUUGCAGAAAAUGCGUAUUUUGUUUAUAAUGUCACUCUUUUAAAUGUUAUUUUU